CUAUGCUUGUACAGUCUGUUUAUCAAAACCAUUUACAGAUUCUAAUUAAUUACUGUCAAUCCUAAGGAUCCUAGGGUGCCCUAUCUUUCUUCUUUCCCUCUUCUCAAAAUAGAAAGAAUGAAACAUGUUUUUUACUUUCCUUUAAAAUUCUAGGACCUAAAUAUAUUCUCCAAGAAGGGGUAAUGACUUUGGGCUUCUCCAACAAUUGCAAGUCAUUGUCCAAGUUUUGUCCUAAAAUUAUUUGGAAAUCAAUUCUCAAUAUUUGCAUAGUAAAUAUUUAUAGACCACACAUUGUGUGGAAGUUUCUAUGUUGGACCCUGACUCUGCCUAUUAGCCACUUAAAAGUUUUCUCAGUGUUCAGAAGCUCAUCCAAAUAAGGCUCACCUAAUGUAUCUGAAUCUCUUUCAUCUGAGCAUUAACCAGAGUGCUUCUUCCCACAUUAUAUCACCUGCCUAAAAAAAAAAAAUCCUUUUAAAAAUUGGCCAGAGCAAGCCUUCUUGUCAUAUACUAAGCCGUCACUAAUUAGUUUUUGAAUAAAGAAAAUAAAUGAGUGACUGGAAAAUGGGAAAAACACAUUACCUACAUAUACAUGGUUUUGCUAAACUGCAUGAAAAAGCGGUUGGUAAUUAUAAUUCUGAUGAUUUGUCUUAGUCAUCACAAUUUUCAUCUGAUGAUAUCAAAAGAUAAUGGAGUUGAAUGUUUGUUGUUGUUUCUUUCAAAUUUCAGACAUUCAAACAAUGAAGAGCAACCAGACAAUCCUGAAGGAAUUCAUUCUUAUUGGCUUUUCUGUGUACCCACAUGUACAGACAUUUCUUUUUGUGGUCUUCUUUUGUCUCUACCUUCUCACCCUUGCAGGUAAUCUGACCAUCAUGGGUCUAACUUGGGUGGACAGGUACCUCCACACCCCUAUGUAUCUCUUCCUUAGUGCACUGUCCUUCUCUGAGACCUGCUACACACUGACUAUCAUCCCCAAGAUGCUGGAAGAUCUACUGGCCAAGGACAGAAGCAUUUCAGUCAUAGGUUGUAGCUUACAGAUGUGUUUCUUCUUGGGUCUUGGUGGCACAAACUGUAUCAUCCUCACUUUGAUGGGAUAUGACCGUUUCCUGGCCAUCUGUAACCCUCUAAGAUAUCCACUGCUUAUGACCAACAUUGUAUGUGGCAAACUUGUGGCCUCUGCUUGCACUGGAGGCUUCUUUGUCUCUCUUACAGAGACUGCACUGAUAUUCAGGAACUCUUUCUGCAGACCCAGCCUUGUCAAACACUUCUUCUGCCAUAUGCGGGCAGUUGUUAGGCUGUCCUGCAUAGACAGUAGCCUCACGGAAUUCAUUGUAACACUGAUCUCAGUGUCCGGCUUGCUGGGUACCUUCCUGCUCAUUAUCCUGACUUAUGUCUUCAUUAUUUCCACUGUCCUCAGGAUCCCUUCCACUGAAGGCAAGCAGAAGGCUUUCUCCACCUGUGCCUCCCACCUCACAGUGGUUAUCAUCCACUUUGGUUUUGCAUCUAUCGUUUAUUUGAAGCCAGAAGCCUCAGGAGGAGAUGACACACUCAUAGCAGUCCCUUAUACUGUCAUUACCCCGUUCCUCAGCCCCAUCAUAUUCAGCCUGAGGAAUAAGGACAUGAAAAAUGCUUUCAGAAGAAUGAUGGGAAACACAGUUGCCUUGAAAAAAUAAUCUUAGGUUGUUGCUGCUUGUUUGAAGCAUGGCUCAGUGUCCCCAGAAUUCAAUGAGGGCAUUUAUCCUAUGACACCUGGGGAAGCCUAAACCACUUGCCUUGUUCCAGAGGUUGGGAUAUAAGCAGCAAGUAACAGAGACUGGGAACUAAGUCAUCACAGGCAGCUAGCUUGUUAAGAGAAGUUGUCCAACCCUCUGCUAUCCAGUGUCAGAAGAAGAAUGCCCCUGCAGAUAUAGGAUUCUAAUAAUCAACUUCCAUGUGUCCUGAAUAUUCAUUAAUUGGGUAAAGAGUGUGGAAGGAAAAAAAAAGCAUAUAAAACCACUGCAUUGAGAGAUGUUUUAAAAUAUCUAAAGCUGUCA